AUUUACCCUGGGAACCUGAGAUGUGUUAUAAACUAGGUCAUAUAUCUCGCGUCAGCUGAUUGUAAGGAAUGUUGACGAGAGAAGUGAGAUACGAAGGUAGUUCUUGUCGAGCAGCAUGAUGGUUUGUAGAAAUCUAGUGUAAUCUAUUUAUUAAUACAGAUUGGACGACAGACGGACAUUGUCUAUCAUGGGUAGGAAAGCAAGCAAGAAAGAAAUCAAAAGGCCAGUGGCUGACGAUAUAGCGAGUGAUGAAGACCUUAGUAGAUAUAUACCAACACCGCCUGAUGGAGGAUGGGGAUGGGUUAUUGUUUUUGCCUCUUUCAUUAGCAAUUUCAUAGUUGAUGGUAUUUGCUACACGUUUGGUAUUUUCUUACUCGAGUUUACCCGAGCGUUUAAUGCACCAAGAAGUAAAAUAUCGCUUGUUGGUUCACUGCAAGCGGGCAUGUAUCUUUGUGCAGGGCCUAUUGUAAGUGCUCUUACUAACAGGUUUGGAUGUAGGCCUGUCACAAUAGUUGGAAGUAUUAUAGCAACAAUAGCAUUUUUAUUAGCCACUCUAUCACCUUCCGUUGAGAUACUUAUUUGUACAUAUGGUCUUCUAGGAGGUUUUGGAUUUGGAAUGAUGUAUUUGCCGGCUAUUGUUAGUGUUGGUUUUUAUUUUGAUCGAAAACGAGCAAUGGCUACAGGCAUCGCUGUAUGUGGAUCUGGUGUGGGCACCUUUGUGUUUGCACCGUUGUCCAAAUUUCUUCUGGAUAUAUAUGAUUGGAGCAAUGCAUUAAUGUUGUUAUCGGGAAUAGUUUUAAAUGGGUGUGUUUGUGGUAUGUUAAUGCGUCCUCUGAAAGUUACAAAAAAACAAUUGAAUACCACCAAUUCGAUACCAAAUGGUACAAGUAAGGAGGAACGAUUAAAAGCCCUAUUUAAGAGCAUCGAGACUAAAAAAGAUGUCGGUGCGGUAGCGUAUUCCUCAGUCCCAAAUAUAGUUAUAACACGUGUUGAUCAGACGACCGAUAACACUGAUCUGGAUAUUCAAAAAGAAGUACCAGAAAUUUUGACCGUUGCCGAAGGCACUAGCUCUAAGAAAUCAGAAGAGUCCCCAUUGGUAACGGUUGCUUGUGUCAACGUUGAAGAUAAGAUAAGAGAAGAAAAUCUAAGAAGACGAAAUGUCGAUCGAACUUUUAUUUCUGAUGCUAAUAUACAUAAAAUUAAAGACGAGUUAGCGAGGCCUAUGUAUAGAAAGGAUAUUUUCUAUAGUGGAAGUAUUAUGAAUAUUCCCCAGUAUAGUCGAUCCCAACAUGAUAUGAAAACUUAUAUUAAAAGUGUUACCAGUAUUCCCGGAAACAUGGUAGAGAGCGAGGUACCCGAGUCCCAUUUUUUCUUAUGCAAAUGUCUCCCUCCAUCGGCUCGAGACGCCAUGGAACAAAUGUUAAAUGUCUCUAUUUUGAAAAAUGUGCCUUUCCUGUUAAUUUGUUUCGGCAACAUAAUGGCGAUGAUUGGGUUUUAUGUACCUUUUGUGUACGUUGUUGAUCGUGCCAUUGGACUUGGAAUUGAGCCGCAUAAGGCCUCGUUUUUACUUUCUAUCAUAGGUAUAACUAACACAAUCGGAAGAGUUUUAGCUGGUGUUUUAUCUGAUUUUACUAAAGGUCGAAGUUUAUUAAUCAACAAUGUAUUUAUGCUGAUGUGUGGUAUUUCUACCCUGUUAUGUCCAUUCUGUGAUACAUAUAUUACAUUAUGUAUUUUUACAGCAGUAUUUGGUCUGUGUGUAGGUGUAUAUAUAUCUUUGUCAUCUAUUAUAUUAUGUGAUUUACUGGGUUUAGAACAGUUAACCAGUGCUUUUGGAUUAUUAACAUUAGCUCGUGGUUUGUCGUCUGCUGCAGGGCCGCCUAUUGCAGGUGCUGUUUAUGAUCGUACCAAAAGCUUUGACCCAUCGUUUUUCCUAGGAGGAGCUAUGAUAGUUGGUGGGGCCUUGUUUCAUUUUAUUCUAAUGCUGCCUUUUAUGAAGCGAUUUACUCCUGAUAAUGAUAUGGCAUUAGAUCAAGUGAAUGGUAUAGGCAGCGACGAGGAAGAGUCUCGAAAUCUUACAUCUCCAUAAUUCCAUUCUUUUUGUGCACUUUAACAUGAAGCACACAUAAUAUUAUUUGCUCAACCAUUAUUAUAGUGUUAUUUACAUUCUGCGAAUUUACAAAAAUUUCCAUAUAUUGUGGAUUCAUCUCGGUUUGCCUGUUGUUGUCCACCGUCUUUCGAAAAAAAACCCCAUAGAACUAUUUUAAAUGAUUCGUUCGUCCGUCUGUUCGUCAGUCUGCCCUACUCUCAAAAUUUUGGAACACGAUAACCCUGCUUCUAAAUGAGGUAGAAUGUUGAAACUUGAUGUAGAUCUUCAUGUCAUGACUGAUUUUGACGGUGACCAUUUUCUGUUUAGGCUAAUCAGGGAUAAGCUAUUUGAUUUGUCGAUAUUUUGAAACAUCAUAACUUAGAUUCUAACUGGGUGGAAAAGGCGAAGCUUUCAUCGUUGCAUAAAUACCAUGCCUAAGUUUUUGUUCAUGAACAUUUUGAGACUUGGAACACCAACAAGGUUUUGAAACAUCAAUACCAUUUUUUAUCCCGAGGUUAAACAGAGUAACAGUAAACCAAUGCCUUCUAAAAAGAUAAAUGUACAAUUAAUGAGUUUCAUCUACAUGUAUUUAUUUUGGGUUUAAAAGUGGCAACGUCAAGCUCACUGUUGUCGUGUUUAAAUUUAACAAAAAUAACUUACGCAUUAAACAUUAUUUUUCAAAGUUAGCGGGUCAAAAAUAUUUUCCUUAUUUAUAUUUAACAAAAAGAAAGAACGAAAAGUGACUUGGGCGACAUAAACCAGGCCAAGAUGCCAUAUUGAGCUCGAUGUUCACGGACUGAUAUGAGUUAGCAUGCAGCACUCCACUGCCGUGACAAGGACGAUAACAAUGACUUGAAAUCAGUAGAAAGUAAUGUGAACUUUACACGGCAAUAACUUAGGUUAGGAUUCGUCAUUUUUAAAAGUAAAACUAUUCUUUAUUGUGCAUUUCCCGAAAUCCUAUAAUUGCCUCCGAGUCUGGAAUAUUGCGACUUUCAAGUAUCGUGGGACUUUAUAGGCACCUGUUUUUUGGUGGGUGUAUGUUACGUUGACUGACAACUUGUUAUUAAGAUUAAGCUCAUGAAUUUUAUUUAAUAUUUAAACGUAUUCAAAUUAAUGUAAGCUCACCUGGCUUUAUUUUAUCAAGACCCAAAUUUUAUCAUGACAUUAAAAGUAGUUUUUGCACCGAUCGUGUAAAUCAGUAUUAUUGGCUAUAUGCAGUAACAUGUUAUUAAAUGCUAAACUGUUUAAGUAUGUAAGGACUAUAUGAGACUGUACUGUUUCUUUUGUACAUUGUAAUGAUUCUAUAUUUUUAUGGAUAUUUAUAAAAACUGUAAAAUAGAAAUUGAAUAUCUAUCUUAUGUUUUAUUAUUUUCUGUUUAUUGUUAUAAUUUUUAAGGUUUCAGGACAUGAUAUCUGUUAAAUGCCGGUCUCAAGGGAAUUUAUUUGAUGUGAUAAAAUUGAUGACAAUUAAUUAAAACUUUCUACUUCUCUUCAUAUUUUAACACAAAGAGAUUUUAUAUAUAAGAAGAUAUUUGUAUAUAAUAACAUUGACCCUGUAUAAUGAAGAGUAUGUUGCCAUUGUCUUCUAUCAUAUUCUAAUAAAAGUCUAUAUUAUA